CUUAUACUACACGUACUGCUGUUAUUCGACCCGAACCUACCUAUCGAAUAAAUCCAAAUAGAAUUGAUGUUGAUCUUCAAUUUGGUACUGUAAGAAAUGGUAGUGAAAAAAUUAUGAAUAACAGGAAUAGAUUUUUGGAUGUGGAUAGAGAAUCAGUUGAUGAAAAAAAUUUAAAAGAUAAUGAUCCUUCGAAAGAUUAUACAAGAUUAAAACCUAAUAAUAGUAGUAAUGGAAAUGGUGGAAAAA